CGUGCAGAGGGGGGGGCGGAGGGGGCUCGAGCCCCUGCCCCUUUGAACCUUGAUGCCCGAAAUGCCCUUUUGCAGCAUUUAAGGGGCGCCAAAUUGAAGCUGAAAGUCAUGAAAUAACUAACCCGUAACUUCAAAUCUUAGUUUUUUUUUUUUCUUUUUUUGUGUGUGUUUUAUAUAUACUUAAUGGUUGACUGGUUGUUUAAUACCAGCAUUUAUUAUAAUAAUAAUUUUUAUGUUAUCACCGUAAUCAUAAUUUUUAUUACGAACCUAUCAGUCAGUAAAGUGCAGAAAUAUGUAAUAGUUUCCCCCUUUAAUCUAUUGUUGCGACCUUGAAAAUGAUGUUCGGAAAACCCGCCCUGUCCCGUUAGGAAGGCGGGCGAGGGAAAGCUUGUGUUUACUGUUUUGCCUAUGGUAUAGGUAAGCAUGGUGGAAUUCCCCUCAUGUAUGUUAAGUUUUGACCUAUUUUGGGCCCAUAGGUGCCUCAAGUACAGUGUGGAAAUGAUUUUUCUAAAGAGAUGCUUGUAUUUUGCCCCUGGUAUAGAUGGUGUAAUGGCCCAAUAAAGCCUGGGCGAUAGCAGCUGAGGAGUGUCACCCAUGUAGGCCUCAGGGACGCCACCUGCCUUCCCCCAGACCUUGUUACAGCCUUGUCCUCAAUGCCUUGCCUUAGCCGUGCCUCCUAGUGUUUUCUCUGUGCCUCCUACUGCGUGCCUUGCUGUGUCAUAGUGUAUUUGGCCACUGAAACAAGGGCCAAUGUGUGUAAGGUGGGUGUGCUGUUUGGGCACCUGUGGACACCGCCACCGCGGUUAAUAUAUCCGCCUAGUUGUACUACAUGUGUAUGUACUGUGUUAGUGUUUAAGACAUUUGGCUGUACGUGUACGUACUGUGUUAAUGUUUAAGUACAUUUGGGUGUACCCUUAGGUUGUAAGGUGUGAAAGUGGUCCGAGAUGACCAACCCUCCCCUUUCCCUGUGAUUGGGUGCGAGUUGCGUGAGUGUGGUGUGUGUGUGAGUGCCUUGUGUAUCCUAGUUAAUUUAAGUACAAUAAAGUGUUAGGUUAGACUAACCUAACGCAAGGAAUCACUAACACACAAUAAACACUAACCUGUUAGUGUUUAUUGUGUGUUAGUGAUUCCUUGCGUGAGUGUUAACUUGUUGACCCCCUGUAGCUGUGAAGCCGUGUCACGGACAGCCUGCCGAGCCCACAUAAGGUGAGUUGACUGUUAAACGAGCACCGGCGCUGCUGUGGUGGAGGGAAGUUCGAGUCCUUCCCGGUGGGAGUGCCGUGUAGUGCCUUGCCCGGAGGUAACGACCCCCCCCCAUAAGCUGAGAGGGGCAUCGCAACACUAUAUUUCGUUUUCUCUCAAUAAAGAAAACAUUUGUGAUUGCAAAAUUGCAUAAAAUAUAUGCACUUUACAUAUUUGCAUUUGCAAUAUUGUUAUUAAUAUUUACGAGUACAUAUAUAUUUACAUAUAUACUGCACUGUGCAGAUCCGAGGGGAUAAACAAACAUCUUGUCUGCCGAUUCUCCCGCCGGGCGGUAUGUUAUACAUUUGCAGUGGUAUUUGUUUGUGCAUGGAUGAUGUAGGGCCGUAGGCCUAUUCUUACAAGAUGCAGAACCACUAUUAAACGGUAGGUACUACCUACCGUUUAAUAGUGGUUCUGCGAUGCUUCUCUGCACUUCUACCUUACCUACUAGGUAGGAGUGCAGAGAAGCAUCGCGCACUUUAGCAGACCCUCACUGGGCCCCACAAUUUUUCCAGAUCGGUUUGGGAGGAUUCGAAAGCAACAACAUUUGUAGUUUAACGAUCACAUUUGCAUAAUUUCAGUGCAGAGUGUGAGAGAUGCCUCGUAAGGAGAGGAGGUUAAAACAAAAACAAAAGGAGCUGUGUGAGGCCGCAAAAGGGAGUGGAUCACUUACCAGCUGGAUAACAGAAAACAGAAAAGAUGGACUGGGAGCAAGUCAUGACGAAUCAGAUGAGAAAAUGGAAGGAGAGAAAGACGACGACACUGUGCAUCAGAGAAAUGACAGCUUGCUGGGAACAGAGAGCCAGGAGGACACAGAGGUUGGAGGAAAGCCUGGAACUUCAGAGGUUAUUGAGCCCACACAGAAUGCUGAGAUAGAGGAAACAGCUAGUAUCCAGGAGAAAGAUGUUGGAGUGAGAGAGACAGAACAUGAAUUACAGAUUGCACAAACUGUGGAGGUAGAGGAAGCAGCAAGCCAGGAGGAGGCAGAUACCAGAGGGAGGCAGACAUUCUCACACCUGCUUGAACUUACCCACCCAAAUGAUCCUGCCCAUGUCCAACAACAUAACAUCAAAUGUGAUGAUUCCUUCAUUCAGUUUUGCAACAGUACUGGACCCUGUCAACCAGUACUCUCAUCUUUUCCAAAAAAUGAAAAAGGACGGUCAUUUCAAAAGAAAUGGUAUGAGAACAACACAUGGCUAGAGUACUCCCCAAGUCUUGAUGCAAUGUUUUGUUUCAGCUGCCGUCUUUUCUUGAGUGAGGAAAAAUACAUAAACCGGAAAACAUGGAAAUCAGAAGGAGUUAAUCAGUGGAGAAAGGCUCUUGAUAGAAUUAAAGGUCACAGUGCCUCAGAAUCACACAUGUGUAGUAUGGUGAGGUGGAACAAUUCAAAAAAGAGAUCACUGGAGGUAGCUUUCGAAAUGGGUGACCGUGCAUCACAAGCUGCUAAAGACAGGGAAAGAGAAAAAAACAGAGAAAUCUUGUCCCGCUUACUAGCCACCACACUUUACCUGGCAAGACAGGGAUUGCCUUUCAGAGGAGAUGAUGAGAACCCGUCAAGCCAAAAUAGAGGUAAUUUCAUAGAGUUGGUAGAGGUAUUUGGUAAAUAUGACAGUGUAAUUAAACUGCAUUUGGAAUCGGUAAAACAGAAGCAAGGAACUGCUAAAAGACCUCUUGUCUCACUCCUCUCCAACAGAAGUCAGAAUGAUAUGAUUAGAGCUUUGGCCAUAUCAGUAAAAAGAGUGAUCCAGAAAGAAAUCCAAGAGAGCAAAAUCUUUUCAAUUCUCAUGGAUGAAACCACAGAUGCUGCACACACUGAGCAGGUUUCUUUUGUCAUUAGGUAUGUGCAUAACAUGAAAAUCAAUGAGCGCUUUCUUCAGGUGUGUAACAUUCAUAACACAAGGGGAGAAUCUCUUGAAAACUUAGUGAUAGAUCUACUUGAAGAAAAUAAUCUGAAGUUGGAAAACAUCAGGGUCAAGGUUAUGAUGGUGCUGCAAACAUGA